CUGAUUCGUUGUUCACAUAUUGGGUCCAGAAAUGAUGAAGUUUUACUUACCCCCGAUUGAGGAUUGACGUUUCCGAUUUAUUUGUUUAAGUACUUAUCACAACCUCAGAGGGCACAUUGUACGGGGGCAUGACUCGUAAACGAAGGAAUCACGGUAGGUCAAAGAAAGGCCGAGGUCACGUUGGAUUCAUACGUUGUACAAAUUGUGGUCGAGCAUGUCCUAAAGAUAAAUCUGUAUGGAAAUUAGUGACACGAAGUAUGGUUGAAGCCGCCGCCGUUAAGGAUUUGGAAGACGCGUCGGUGUAUGGCAAAAACUACGCCGUCCCCAAGUUGUACGUCAAACUUCAGUACUGUAUCAGUUGUGCCAUCCACAGUAAAGUUCUUCGAAAUCGUAGUCGGGAAUCAAGGCGUCUCAGAAGGAUUAUAGUUAAACCUCGAGUAAAGUUCUCACGUCCUGUUGCUCCAAGGGCAUGAUUGCAUAAAUAAAUCACAUUAAUUGGACUUUGCUUUUGAUUUUUGUCUAAAUAGCUCAGUUGGUAUAAUAAAAGUAUUGUGUUUGUCGGUC